AUGUAAAUAGUAUGUGCUUAACUACGCCUACAUUGAUGGAUAUUAUCUACUACUCCAUCUACACAGAGAGAGAGAGAGAGAGAUGGAGGUUGUUGUUAGCCGUGGCCUACAACAAAUACAACAGGGUUACCCGUCCAAGUGCAUGGAAUUAAGGUGGGUUAGCAGAAGGAAAAGCGGAAUUGACAAGGAAAAGAGGGUGCUGCUAAAGAAACCCUCAACACCGCCGGCAUUUUUCCCAAUAUUCAUAUCCACAAACGCAUCGCACAUAAAUCUUGAGGAGCUCAGAGACCUCUAUAGCGCCUCCAAUCACUCCUGCCACCGAUUCCCUAACUAUGUGGGCCCUGAGGGCAUAGUGGAACCGGUGAACCUUCACAAGCUCCGCAUAGCUCUCUCCCACAGCUCUGUCGUUGUCUCCGUCUUCUGCAAACCAACCGAUGUUUUAUUUUGUACCAAAUCUUCUUCCUCAGAAGCUUCAGAAAACCCGAUUAAGAUGCUGCGUUUCGGACAACUGUUCCAGAAAGUGAUGCCGGUCACGCCAUUCAACGGCCAGUUGGUGGGCUUUGGCCGCGCCGUUUCUGAUGUUGGGUUGACUGCUUCCAUCUACGAUAUCAUGGUUAUCCCUUCGUUGCAGGGAAUGGGAAUUGGCAGGAUGAUUGUUAAAAGAAUCGUCAGAAUGCUUGCAAGUAGAGACAUAUAUGACAUAGCAGCGCUUUGCUCGAAGAAUGAGAGGGGUCUCCGGCGUUCUUCCUCCCUCUGGAAGCUCCAGUGGUUCGCUGUUGGGUGGGUUGAUCCUAAUAAUAAAUAUUGCACCAAGAUCGAUGAAUCAGGGAAUGCAAAUCCUGUCUGGAAAACCAAGUUUGCUGCCUUGGUUGAUGACUCACAGACCAACUUCCAAGAUCUGGCACUGCACGUUGAAGUUUACAGUAGAGAGCCCAUAUUCCUCAGAGAGAGGCUUCAGGGCACAGCAAGUGUCGUCUUGAAAGAAUUCUUGGCCAAGCAGGUCAAGAAUAAUGAGGAUUCAAGGCCAGUAACCGAAGAAGUUGGGAGCUAUCAAUUGCGGAAAAGGAACUCCAGCAAACCUAAAGGAUUUGUCGACAUUUCAAUUCGUAUAUCUGAGGAAAGGAGCGGCGAGCCAAGUUCAUACAUAGGUAACGAGGAAGGAUUUGUGCUCACCAGCCACAGCAACAAUAUCACCCUGGCUACUCAAGAUGGGCCAGCUCUAGCCACACAGCAACGACCUCCAAUUCUACGUCAUCGGCCAGAAAAUCAAUUACCGUCAAAGUCUCCAUACACCAAUCCAAUGCCAUACCCUUCAAACUAUUCCAAUCCAUCCGUAGGUGGACCAAGCUACCCACCACCACCAGCAGGUGCACCAAGCUAUCCUCCGCCUCGAACUCCUCCACCCCCACCCCCACCUUAUAAUGUGGGUUACAUGCCUACUUUUCUCCCAAGAACAGAUCGUUUGUCAGAUACUUACAUAAAUAUGCCAGCAUCUGGAGCAGCACCUGGUCGUGGCGGGGGACCUGGUUUUGGAAUAGGAGUAGGUGCUGGAGCACUGGCAGCUGGUGCUGUGAUCUUUGGUGAUGACUUUAUGUCAGGAUUUGAUGUUCCUCCAGGCUUACAAGAUGCUAGUCUUACCAUAUCAACUGAUCCUCCUUUCUGAGAAGCAGUAACUUGAUUCUGUAAUUAUGUUUUAAGUGCAGUGAGGUGGAACUAUGUUAGAUUCUUUGUAUUGUUUUUAUUGGUGAAAGUUUUCAUCCAAUACCAGAAUAUUUCAAGAGGUUUUGGUCCA